CUAACAAAGCAAUUAGCUAAAAGGACAACCAAAACUAUUCUCAAUGGCAGAAGGCAGAGCCACAAAGUAUGCAGUAGUUACAGGGGCAAACAAAGGGAUUGGAUUUGAAAUAUGUAGGCAGCUAGCUUCUCAUGGAGUGUUGGUGAUUUUGGGUGCUAGAGAUGAGAAGAGAGGGAUUGAAGCUUUGGAGAAACUUAAAGGCUUUGGUUUGGCAGAAAAUGUGGUGUUUCAUCAGCUUGAUGUUGUGGAUAAAUCUAGUAUUGAUUCUUUGGCUGAAUUUAUUAAGACAAAAUUUGGCAGGCUUGAUAUCUUGGUGAAUAAUGCAGGAAUAGCUGGAGUCAAUGCAGAUGCUGAUGCCUUAAGAGCUAAACAGGAGUCCAGUGGGACUGGAGGAUCUCAAGUCAAUUGGAAUGACAUAUUGACUCAGUCAUUUGAGUUGGCAAAGGAGUGUCUUGAGACAAACUAUUAUGGUGUGAAGAGAAUGACUGAAGCAUGUAUUCCACUCCUCCAAUUAUCUAAGUCGCCGAGGAUUGUGAAUGUUUCAUCCUCCAUGGGAAAGCUAAAGAACUUGAAACAUGAAUGGGCUAAAGGAGUAUUGAAUGACAGUGAAAAUCUGACAGAAGAGAAAAUAGAAGAGGUGAUAAAUCAAUAUCUGAAGGAUUUCAAAGAAGAUUCACUUCAAGCCAAGGGCUGGCCUUCUUUAAUGUCAGCUUACAUAGUCUCUAAAGCAGCAAUGAACGCGUACUCGAGGGUCAUGGCAAAGAAGCAUCCGUCUAUACAGAUCAAUUGUGUCUGCCCUGGUUUUGUGAAAACAGAUAUCAAUUUCAAUAGUGGGAUAUUGUCUGUUGAAGAAGGCGCGGAGAGUCCUGUAAGGCUUGCUCUACAGACUGAUGACGGUCCUUCUGGUUUGUUCUUUGAUCGAAAAGAAGUCUCAUCAUUCGAAGUUAACAACGCAGGGGUUAGUGGAUCAAUGGUGGAAGGAAAUUGUAAUAUUCUUACAAUAAAAGAUUUAAUAGAAGGAGAUUUUGUAACCAUUUCUACUGAAAAUGAAGAAGAGGACGAAAGUGUUAUGGAGAAAUCAAUUGAAGGUAUCGUUACAAAUUAUGAGUUGACAAAACAAUGCAUAGAGACAAACUUUUAUGGUGCAAAAAGGAUAAGUGAAGCAUUUAUCCCUCUCCUUCAACUCUCUAAUUCACCAAGGAUUGUUAAUGUUGCUUCUUUCUUAGGGAAGUUAAAGACCAAAAGGCUAAAUAUCAAGAAUCUAGAUCUAACAUUUAUCCUUUCAACAAUGGCAGGGGAAAUCAGCACCCUCCAAAGCACAAGGUAUGCAGUAGUGACUGGGGGAAACAAAGGAAUAGGAUAUGAAACAUGCAAGCAGUUGCUAGCAAGCAAAGGAGUAGUGGUAGUGUUAACAUCAAGAGAUGAAAAGAGAGGGAUUGAAGCUAUUGAAAGGCUUAAAAAGGAGUCAAACAUUACUAAUAAUAAUGAUCAGAUUUUGUUUCAUCAACUUGAUGUUAUGGAUCCAGCUAGUAUUUCUUCUCUUGUGGACUUUAUCAACACAAAAUUUGGAAGGCUCGAUAUUCUAGUUAACAACGCAGGGGUUGGUGGAUUAAUGGUGGAAGGAAAUCUUGUUAUACUAAAAAAUUUAGUUGAAGGAGAUUUCGUGACCAUUUCUACUGAAAAUGAAGAAGAGGACGAAAGUGUUAUGGAGAAAUCAAUUGAAGGUAUCGUUACAAAUUAUGAGUUGACAAAACAAUGCUUAGAGACAAACUACUAUGGUGCAAAAAGAAUGAUUGAAGCAUUUGCUCCUCUCCUUCAACUCUCUAAUUCACCAAGGAUUGUUAAUGUUGCUUCUUUCUUAGGAAAGUUAAAGUUAUUAUGCAACGAAUGGGCUAAAAAUGUGCUAAGUGAUGCAAAAAGCCUAACAGAAGAAAGGAUAGACCUAGUGUUAAAUGAAUUUCUCAAAGAUUUUACAGAAAAUUCAGUAGAAGCCAAAGGAUGGCCAAGUUACUUUGCAGCUUACAAAGUGUCAAAAGCAGCCUUGAUUGCCUACACAAGAGUUUUAGGUUCAAAAUAUCCGAAUUUUCGCGUUAAUUCGGUGUGCCCUGGAUAUUGUGGUACAGACAUGACUGCAUAUACUGGAAGUUUAACAGCUGAAGAAGGUGCUGAAAGCUUGGUUAAACUUGCUUUGUUGCCAAAUGAUGGACCUUCUGGUGUCUUCUUUUACAGAAAGGAUGUCACCUCUUUUUGAACAGUUGGAUAAUUCAACUA